UCCCGCUCAUUUGCCCCCCUUCUCCUUACCUCCGAAUUGCAUUCCCAAAUCGCAAAACCCUCACAGACCACUCCCGCUGCUCUCGCAAACUCCACAACUCUCUCUUUCUCUGGAUCGAUCGAGUCUCUUGCCUCAAUUUUCUCCAGUCAAUAUAAUGAGAGAGGUGCAGAUAGACAAGCUCCGAGGAGUGGUGAGGGACUGCGUCAGCAAGCACCUUUACUCAUCGGCGAUAUUCUUUGCCGACAAGGUUGCAGCCCUAACCGACGACCCUGCCGACAUCUACAUGCAGGCGCAGGCUCUCUUUCUCGGCCGCCACUACCGCCGUGCCUUCCACCUCCUUAAUGCCUCCAAGAUUGUCCUUCGUGACCUUCGCUUCCGCUACCUUGCCGCCAAAUGCCUUGAGGAACUUAAGGAGUGGGAUCAAUGUCUGCUGAUGCUUGGGGAUGCUAAAGUGGAUGAAGAUGGGAAUGUGUAUGACACAAAAGAUUGCAAUGUCAUUUACAUGGAUAAAGAUGGGGAAGAUCGUGAGAUCAAUAUCUCUUCAGCAAUAUGUUUUCUAAGAGGUAGGGCAUAUGAAGCUCUGGAAAAUCGUGCCCAAGCUCGGCAAUGGUACAAAGCUGCUAUAAAAGCUGAUCCUUUGUGCUAUGAGGCUCUGGAAUGCCUCAUUGAAAAUCACAUGCUUACAUGUGAAGAAGAAACUAGUGUACUUUCAUCACUACAAUUUGAUUCUGAAGAUGGAUGGCUCUCUUCCUUCUACUCAUGUUUGAUAAAGAAGUAUGACAAACAGAAUGUUGUUGAAGCCAAAUUCAAAGAGCUUGAAAAAGAAACCUGCAAUAAUGACCCCUCUGGCCCCUCCUUCAUGCAUACACUAAGGAACAACACUGACCUUUUGGCCUGCAAAGCAGAAUACUACCAUCAGUGUGGUGAAUAUCAAAAAUGUUUUGAAUUGACUUCCAUACUGCUCGAAAAAGAUCCUUUUCAUUUGAAAUGUACCUUGGUGCAUUUAGUUGCUGCAAUGGAGCUUGGACAUUCAAACGAGCUUUAUCUUAUGGCAUGCAAUUUAGUGAAGGAUUAUCCUCAAAAGGCUUUAUCAUGGUUUGCGGUUGGAUGCUACUACUCUUGUAUCAAGAAGUAUGAGCAAUCACGUCGUUAUUUCAGCAAGGCUACAAGUAUAGACGGAACUUUCCUGCCUGCUUGGAUAGGUUACGGAAAUGCUUAUUCUGCUCAAGAAGAGGGUGAUCAAGCAAUGUCAGCAUAUAGAACUGCUGCUCGCUUAUUUCCAGGGUGCCAUUUACCAACUUUGUUCAUUGGAAUGGAGUACAUGCGAACCCGCAGCUAUAAGCUUGCUGAUCAGUUUUUCAUGCAGGCAAAGACAAUUUGCCCAUCAGACCCACUUGUACACAAUGAACUUGGGGUUGUUGCUUAUCAUAUGAAAGAAUAUAGUAAAGCCGUUUGGUGGUUUGAGAAGACUUUGGCUCACAUUCCAUCCCCUUUAAGUGAAAUGUGGGAGCCAACCGUCGUGAAUCUUGCUCAUGCAUACCGAAAGCUAAAAAUGUACAACGAUGCAAUUUUAUGCUAUGAGAGAGCACUUGCAUUAUCAACAAGAAGCUUGAGCACAUACGCAGGUCUCGCAUACACGUACCAUUUGCAGGAUAAUUUUACUGCUGCUGUUACAUACUAUCACAAGGCUUUAUGGUUGAAACCUGAUGAUCAGUUCUGCACUGAAAUGUUAAGUAUAGCCCUUGUAGAUGAGGCUCGUCGUGGCGUGGAUGGUGAAAGUGAGUUGCUGUAGAAUGAGAAUUUCUAUGUUUGAUGCGUGGAUUCUCUUUCUAUGCAUGUAAUGUAUGUAUUAUAUGAAUACCAAAUGGAGUCAAUUUACUUACCCCUGACCACUUUUCAUUUUGUGCUAGUGCCAUGUGAAGUUAUUUUUUAAAAUUUUUUGCGUUUAUCUUAGAACGUAUAACUUUGGCUUAUCCUGUAAUAUUAUACGAAGUUCUCUCUUCCUUUC